ACCACGGAACAAUCCUCCUUCGCCACAUCCCACUACUAAUGCCAAUGUUAACAAUACUAGUCGUGAUACGUCGUACUCACCUCCAUCACGAGAAGUUCCUAAUAGGAUAGGAGGAACAAAUACCGAUCAUACCUAUUACGCAGCAUCGGAAGUUGGUUAUCGGGACGGAGCAAAUGAUCAAAUGUAUUACGCUGAACCUCAUCAUCCAUUCGUUGGAAAUAUGUACGCUGGCGGAGUUGGUGUUGAUCCUUAUGGAUAUAAUUAUCCACCGUAUCCGCCUCACAAUCCAUACGCAUACGGAUACCCAGCAAACUACGAAUACUAUCCACCAGCCGCGGCUGUUGGAGCAGGAAUGUAUCAUCAUAAUUCUCAUCAUCAUGCUCAGUACGAAAAGAAAUAUAACGAGAAGAAACAAAAACGGCCUUUGGAUGUUGUUGAUGUGCAUGCGGUCACUCAUCAAUUGAAAAAAGUAAGCAAUGCUUUACCUAAUUUUAGGGAUACAUUACGAUGA